AUGUUGCAGAGAAAAGCAAGGACCGGCGUACGGCGUGCUCCCCGCGGUGCGCAGGCAACGGCCCGGCGUCCUCGUACUGCCGCCGGCCGCGGCGCGCUUCGCUGGGGCGCGGGGCUAGCGCGGCGAGCAAAGCGGCGACUUUUCGAUGGCUUCGGACAUGACACUCGACCUGGUAGCGGGGGCGUGCAAGCUGAGAGUUCACCUGUUGCGAGGCAGCAGGUCAUGCCCAGAUUCGUCACGCCGUUCGCCGGUGUAUCUGUCUUGACCGAUGUCGGGCUGUCGUCUUCCACCAUGUCGGUUGUCGACUCGGGCGCGGCCAGCGGGUACCACCUGCUAGUAGUGGAUGGGUACUCGCAGACCAAAAGGCUAGACAAUGGCGUGGGCAUCAGAUCUCGCCCAUUCAUUGUAGGAGGCCAUCGCUGGUGCAUCGAUUACUUACCCAACGGUUUCAACUCGGAGUAUGCAGACUACAUCUCUCUCUUUGCUGCCCUUGUUGAUGAUGAUGACGGUGCUGCAAGACCUGUGAAGGCGUGGUUCAGGUUUAGUUUCAUUGAUGAGGUUGAGAAGCAAGAGGCAACACUCAUUCGUGCUGCUUAUGUAUGCACCUUCUGCAGCAAUGAUAUUAAUGGAGCUUGGGGCGAUUCGAAUUUUAUAAAAAGAGAUGUGCUUGAACAAUCAGAGAAUCUUAAGAACGAUUGUUUCACCAUCCGGUUUGACAUCAUGAUUUGCGAGGACCUCAACACUAAGGUGCCACUGUCUUGCAUAAGUCAGCAUUUCAACCAUCUCCUUCAAACAAAGGUGGGCGCUGAUGUAACAUUUGAGGUUAGCGGCGAGAUAUUCCUUGCACACCGGUGUGUGCUUGCGUCCCGAUCUACGGUCUUCACGGCGCUGCUCUUUGGCUCCGUGAAGGAGGGCACCAAGGCAGAUGUCAUACAGAUCAAAGACAUGAAAGCUCAAGUGUUCAAGGCUUUGCUCACUUUCAUCUACACAGAUGCAUUUCCUGACAUGGAGCGGGAAGAAGCAGAAGUCAAGGCAGAAACAACACGUUUUGAAAUGUGGCUGGAAUGGCUGAAGGACUUGACUGUGGCGGCAGGCAGAUAUGAUCUCCAACACCUUAGGUUCUCCUGUGAAGAGCUGUUGUCCAAGGCCAUAGGUGAAAUCACGGUACCAAAAAUUCUUGAUAUAGCUGUGCAGUACCAUUGCCAUAGGUUGAAGGAGAAGUGCUUGCAAUUCCUCCAAAACGUAUCUUCCUCAAGUCUGCAAAAAUUAAUGGCGACCAAUAGCUGGAAGCAUAUAAUUCUGUCACAUCCCUAUGUUUUGAAUGAGCUCAUUGCCAAGCUUGCUGCAAAGUGUAAUGGGUCUGACAAAGCUACGGAUUUAUAUGACAUCUUGCCCCCGCCAUCUACGUUACCAUCAUAUGCUGACAGGUUGUUGAAUUUGGAAUGGUAAAGUGCCUGCAAUUUAUCCAAAACCUAUCUCCUUCUAGUCUGCAAACAUUAAUGGAGACCAAUAGCUGGAAGCAUAUAAUUUUGGCAUAUCCCCAAUCUUUUGAAUCAGCUCAUCGCCAGGUUUGCUGCGAAGUGUAAUGCAUCUAACUUAAUAUAUGGGUUCUUGCUCCCUCCAUCUAGAAAGUGAGCUUGGACCU